UCUCCUGCAUUUCUUUUUCUCUUUUUCCCCCUCUUUUCCCCAUACUGGCUUUUGGUCCUUUGCCCCCAAAAUAAAAAAAGCCUUCAGAAAGCUAGAAGGAAGCUUCUCCUCUCUCAAAACCCAUCUCCUUGUUCAUUAGAAGCUCUGAAGCUCCAUGACUCCCCCUCUUGGCCAUGUAGAUGAGGUACCAGGUGACUGUAGCCUCAAGGAGCAUGAUUACAUAGGCUUAUCAGAAGUUUCAUCAAUGGAAAGAACUUCUCUUUCAAAGGAAGAAAAUGGAAACUCUCUAAACUUGAAAGAGACUGAGCUCAGGCUUGGGCUUCCUGGUUCUGGUUCACCUGAUAGGAAAAAGCCAGAGCUUUGCUUGUUGGGACCUCUUAGACCUGAAGAGAAAGGGAUUUUUCCUCUGGUUUCGCCAAAAAAUGUUGUUUCAGGAGCUAAAAGAGGCAUCUCUGAUGUUAUUGAUGGCGUAAAGAAAGGUGUUGCAUCAGAUGGGAAGUGGGCUUUCAAUGGUGGCUCUGGAUCUGAGGUUGGUUCGGGUGUUUGGCAUGGUAAUGGAAGCCAUGACCACCUCUCUCCUGGUUUUCUCUCUCCUCGAAAAGGCACUAGUAAUGGAAAGGACACUGCUCAAAACGGGGUUUCGGGUUCGGGUCACGACAGGGCAAAAGACCAGAGCCAUGGCCAAGUUUCUCCUGCCAAUGAGCAUGGUGUCGCUCCUGCUGCAAAGGCACAAGUUGUAGGUUGGCCACCAAUUCGCUCAUAUAGAAAGAACACCAUGGCUGCGAACCCUGCAAAGAACAGUGAGGAAGGUGAAGGGAAACAGGGUUUGGGGUGCCUCUAUGUUAAGGUUAGCAUGGAUGGAGCUCCAUAUCUAAGGAAAGUAGAUCUCAAAACCUACUUGACAUACACUGAACUCUCCUCGGCUCUUGAAAAGAUGUUCAGCUGUUUUACCAUAGGUCAGUAUGGACCCCACGGAGCACCAGGCCGUGAUGGGCUUACUGAGAGUCGGCUGAUGGAUCUUCUCAAUGGAUCUGAAUAUGUUCUAACCUAUGAAGACAAGGAUGGAGACUGGAUGCUUGUUGGAGAUGUGCCUUGGGACAUGUUCAUUGGCUCAUGUCGGAGGCUCCGCAUUAUGAAGGGUUCUGAGGCAAUUGGUCUAGCGCCGAGAGCCAUGGAGAAAUGCAAAGCCCGGAACUAGGCUGGCACCCCAACCCAACCAAUCUUUUGCAAGCUCAAUAAUUCUCUCUUCUUUUCUUUAUAUCUGUAUGGUUUGCCAUAUUUUCCAACUGACUGCAACAUCAGCUGGUUGAUGAGAUUUCUAAAGACAUUUAGGUAGGCUCUCUUUCUCUCUCUCUCUCUCUAGGUAAUUAUCUGUAAGCACAAAUUCUCAUGUCUGCAUAUAUUUGUAUGUAUUUAUACUCUUCUGUGUGCUAUUUUGGGUGUGCCUGUUUCUUUAUAUAUGAAAAAUUCAGACUGCAAAGGAUAA